GUCAUGCUCGGCCCAGGAGAGACCGGCGACACGCCGGUCGCCGAGCUCAAGCGCAAGUCCGAGGAGCACAAGGCCGAGGCCGCGCGCCUCGAGCAGCGCGUGCUGUUUGCCCAGGAGCGGCACGGUGAGGCCGACGACGAGGAGGCGCCGCCGCCGCAGACCGGCGACGACUCGGGCGCGUCCGCCGGCGGCGACUCGUCGUCGUCGUCGCCGCUGACGCCCGGCCCGCCCGGGCGCGGCGCCGUCGUCCUGCUCGGCGAGGCGCCGCCGCCCGCGGACGACGGCGACGGCACCCCCUUCAUCGUGCACCUCGCGAGCGACGGCGCGCGGCCCGACGUCGCCGCGGCCGUCGACCGCGCGGACGCGGCGCUCGGGACCGACGCGGUCCUCGCGGGCGGGCCGCCGGCGCUCCUCGCGGCGCUCGGGGCGCGCUGCCGGAAGCGCGCGGUCGUCGCGCUGACGUUCCAGAUGUAA